GGAUUAAUUUAGCGAGCCAAGUGUUUCUAUCUCAACUUCAUCAAGGAUAUCACGCAAUCUGAUGCUUUCUCUUUCAUUUACGUACUUCGAUCACAUGGUUAUCUUAAAUUUCCUGGAUCUAUUUCGUUGGUAUGGAAUCCGAGACCGGGUCUCAAGACGUAUAACAGUGGCACUCGCAUAAUAACAACUUUAACAAGGAUAAACCAACAUCUCAAUUGUUCCGACCACGAAGCUGGGUUGAUGGGAUUCUGAUCCUCCCAUAACAAUUCCAUGCAGCCAAGUACAAGCUACAGCUAAUCCCAGGUUGGCAUCUCCGAGCCCCGCUCGGGCUUCUGGUAAUCCAUGAGAAUCAAUUGGCUGUUCAAGCCGGUUACUUCAUUUUCACCAAUGCGUAUUUCAUAUCUUGGAACUGACAGCCACGUGGAAAUGCACCUAGAUCUCUCUAUAUGAAGGCCGAAGACGGCAUCCGGUCUCGACUUAGUCCAUCCACAAGCUAUUCCUUCAUCCUUCGGCUCUUCCUCGCGAAGCCUUUUCACCUGAAACCGGAAGAGGAGUCUUACGUUCUCUAUCUCGGCCCCAGGAUCUCCCUCGACGUUCUCGCAUCCCUUCCCAGUCAAUAAUAAUGCAUUUUGUCAACCUCUUAGUAGCCGUGACUGCGGUUUCGGCUGUCACUCUUUCUCCCAGGCAGGAGACUGCGAAUGCAUUUGAGGAAAUCGAGAGCUUCACGCCAGAAGAUGACAUUGCAAGAUUAGGCCUUGCUGGUCUGGCGAAUCUCACUGAGUUUGAAGAGGCAGCUGCCCAGUCCAAAGUCAAGAGAGGAGGUUGUUCAUUGCUCAAUGUCAGCAUUAGAAGGGACUGGGCUCAUAUGUUUGCCUCAGAGCGCAAGGCCUACAUCAGUUCUGUUCAAUGCUUGAUGGCUAAGCCUUCACAAGUAGACCACACUCUCUACCCAGGAGCCAAGUCCCGGUUCGACGACUUCAUUGUCGUUCAUGCCAACUACAGUCGCUCGAUCCAUGGCACUGGGAAUUUCUUGACAUGGCACAGAUACUUCACUUUCGUUUAUGAGCAAGUAUUGAAGUACGAGUGCGGGUAUAAAGGUGCUCAGCCGUAUUGGAACUGGGGUACGUGGGCUCAUGACCCUGCCAAGUCACCAGUCUUCGAUGGCUCCGACACGUCUCUAGGAAGUGAUGGCUCUUUCGUCGCACAUAACGGUUCUGUUGCAGGACGAGGAGCAAUCUGGGUCCCACCUGGGAAAGGCGGCGGUUGCAUGAAAUCCGGACCUUUCAAGAACAUGGCCAACAAUAUGGGUCCAAUGCAACCGACAAUGGACGGCGUCGUCGCCAACCCCAACGGCUUCUAUGCCUACAACCCUCGCUGUCUCAAACGCGAUAUCUCCCCUUACGCAUCCUCUACUUGGACCACGACUCCCCAGAUCAUGACCUUGAUCACCACCCGCGGGGUGAAAGCCUUCCAAGACAACAUCAACGGUGACUUCGCGAAAGGAAACCUAGGAAUCCACUCCGCAGGGCACUAUACAAUCGGUGGCGACCCUGGAUCCGAUUUCUACCAAUCUCCUGGAGACCCUGUCUUCUACCUGCAUCACGCCAUGAUCGACCGCACGUACUGGAUCCAUCAGAAUUUGAACUUGCCGGGGAGUUUGACGGACUUGGAUGGUACGCUUACUGUUUUCAAUAACCCUCCUACCAGGAAUACCACGCUCGAUGAUUUGUUGGGCAUGGGUCCUCUGGCGCCGGAAUUGAAAAUCCGGGAUGCGAUGAGCUCGCUUGGAGGGCCUUUUUGCUACAUCUAUCUGUAGAUUUUAAAAUAGCUCAGAUAGUGUAGACUCGAUGGCGAACAAUCAUUAAUAACAUGGGCACGACAAUGCUGUGGAUAUAAAAUAGAGACGUCCAAAUAGGAAGAGGGCUUUCCUGGUUGGGUGCUAAUUCAUCGAAUUUGACAAGUGG